AUGGAGAAUCUGGAGGAAGACAUAAAGUUUAUUGUGGACGAGACAUUUGAUUUUAGUGUGCCAUCACCUUCCGACAGCCGGGAGGAGGAAGAGGCUGCUGACCCGGGGAUUCCUGAGCGGCCGCCCAGACGGGGCCUGGCCCACCGGAGUGAUCUGAAUACGGUGGCUGAAGAACCCCAGGGAUUAAGGCUAAGCUUAGGCCCCCUUAGCCCGGAGAAGCUGGAGGAGAUUCUCGAGGAGGCCAACCGUCUGGCGGCUCGGCUGGAGCAGUGCGCCCUGCAAGAGAGGGAUGCCAUCGGUGAUGGCACCGGGCGGAAGGUGAAGGCCAGUCCCCGAAGGGAGACUUUUGUGGUGAAGAACAGCCCUGUCCGGGCCCUGCUGCCCACCGUGAGUGCCUCAGUCCGGGGGGUCUCUUCCCCAGGAGGCCUGAGCCCCCGGCUCCGGGGCAGUGAGAAGAAGGCAUCAGUCCGGGCUGUGCGGACCGUGUCAGGGAAGAAGCCAACCAGCACCAAGAAGGAGGUGCCCACGAGUGGUGUGUCCCCCAGUACCAGAAGUCAGCCUUCUCCCCUCAGCCGGAUCACCCCUCCAGCGCGGGUAAAGGGGGGUCCUGCUGGGAGACCACCUGCUGCCGGUAAGGAGGCUGGGGACGCUAAACGCUUCUCUCUGCCAUCAGGCUCAGCAUCCCUUAGCCUACAACUUCCCCUGAGCACCCUCCAGCGCCCGGCCGUCAGGCCCAGCAGGCUGCCCACACCUACCAUUGCCCCCAGACCCACCGGCCAGAUGCCACUCACCAGCCGGAGCCCCCUGUUCGGGAAAGGCAGCCUGCCUCUGGAAUCUGCUCCGCCUCGGAAAGGGCCGUCGAGGCCCAGUGCAGCUGGGCCCCGAGAAGUUCCUGCUCCCCAGAAAUCAAACCUUCCGGUGUCUGCUGCCUCCCGAAACCAUCUGCAGGCCCCCAGGAAGAUGACAGUCCCUGGACUCACUAGGUAA